CAUACAUACUUUGUUUAUAAGAGUGCAGAAGAGAAGCAAAAAGUGGGGACUAAGACGACGGAGCUACAAAAUGGACAUUACUAAAGAUCAAUCCAGGUACUCACGAUCUGAUUUACUUGCUCUGCGCUUCGAAGGAAGUGCACGUCAACGACCAAAUUGUGCGAAUCGAGCUGAUUUACAGACGUUAAGUUUUUGGAAAAGUAAUGGGGCUCAAUUGAAUGUGAGCAGCAACAGCUGUGGAAAUAAAAGCGGAUUGUCACUCGAAGUGGAAAGUACAAGUCUAACGAAUUCCAAUGGACUUUUAAGUUCGAGGCGAGCUUUGCGAAAUCGUGAACGCGCUCACAAUUAUUAUCAGCGCUUUUCAUCCGGCGAUCAAAUCGCUGGAGAAGAAUUGCAGCAGCCGAGCAGCUUAGGCUCAACCACUAUCAAUCUGUGUGGCACCUCCACAUAUAAACCCAAUAUAGAUCAUCGCAGUAUAUCCUCAGCGCAUUUAAUGCCAGCGUUUGCGAAAAAGCGCUUUGUAGUUGAACAGGCCGAAGCUCAACAUGAGGAUGGAACUGCUAUAGAAAGUAGUGCAUCGGUGGCUGUGUCAACUCAAAGCAAUGUUGAUCUGAAAGGUCACAGUGAAGUGCGCACCAUCAGCCGAGCGUCUAAAACGAUGGCUGUUUUAUCCCCAGAUUGGGAACGUGGGGAAAAACAUUUAAGCUCACCACACAAUGAACAAUCGAUGUCGCCGACUGCAUUUUUGGCUGGACGUCAAGUGGGUAACAGCUUGAAUUUGCAAGAAAGACGGAUUGGCAGCGGCCGUCUAUUGCCACGUAAUGAUAAUUGGGAAUACACAAAAAACAAGGAAGCGGAGAAUUUAUUGAGUAAUCUUGAUAAGGAGAGACCUCAAAAUGGAAACCUAACCAGCCAGAAUCAACCGCAGCAACAGCAACAUCAGCGUUUGCGCACAUCAUCUGGGAAACAUAUCGAUAGUUUAAUAGAUCGCGAUCGUGACCGUGAGAGAGAACGUCGUAAGGCUGUUGAUAAUCAUCGCGAUCAAAAUGAUGGAAAAAAAAAUGUUCAAAGUGGACGUAGUCGCACUGCAACCAAUAAGGAUAAAUUCAAUUUCGGUGAUUGUUACUCGGGAGCUAUGCAAAAUCGUGGCAAGCGCAUGAAUUUGUAUCCAGCACAUGAACCGGAGUGGUUUAGUGCUGGACCUACCUCCCAGCAUGAAACGAUUGAUUUACAUGGCUUUGAUGAUUACGAAAGCGAAAGCUCAUCGGCAGAUUUGAAGAACAUCACAGUUGACAUUUGUAGAGAAUCAGAUAUUAAGCCGACUAAACCCCCAUCUCGAAGUAGUAGCCUAGCCAGUUUGAAUAAUAACAACAAAAACGAUACGGAGGAACAACAUGCGGCAACAAAUAAUGAGCAACUGAACUGUAGUGUUAACUCAGUACAAAAAUCGGAUGUUGAGUUCAAUUUUGAUGCUUAUCUUAACAUGGAUCCAAUGGAUCAUGCUCUCAUGGGUAAUGACAGCGAGGUGCAUGGUGAUGUUCAAAGUACUUCGCGUUUCAGUCAGUGGUUUGCAUGCAAAGAGCCAACAAAGAACGAGCACGCAUUUACUGGAGACACUGCAGCGCUAGAUAAGCAAGAAAUCCCGAGUGUUAAGGACUUAGAAGCACAAAUGAGAAAAAUGGAUGUGCGCCCAGAAUGUAAUAUAAGUAAAUCCCAGGUGAACGCAUAUCAACCACAACAAACAGUGCAUACAGAGCAGAGAGACAAUUCUGUUACUAGAGAUACGGAAGCUUUUAAAAGACUCUUGCAGCAGUUGGGCUCGCAGAGUAAUACUGAGCCAACAUAUCCUAAACCAUCAAAUAUACCAGCGGUUCGCGUCGUUCCUCGGCUCCAGCAACAGCAGCUGCACCAGCAACCACAGCCGCACCAACAACAACAACAUCAGCAGCAGCAACAUAGUACGUCACAGCCACAGUUUCAGAUAAGCAAGGCUUACAAUGUUGUUUCCAUACUAAAAACAGCUGCAAAAACGCCAACAAAUGCCCAACAAGCGACGGCUCACAUGGUACAUCAGACACAUCUGCAACAACAGCAGCAGCAACAACAGCAUCAACAACAUCAACAGCAACCACAUCAACAGCAACAACAUCAACAGCAGCACCAUCAACAACAGCAACAACAGUCGCAUCCACAGCAAAGCUACGCAAAUGUCGUUAACAGGCCAUUAACAUCGGUUAAUGCACAGCAGCAGCAAUCGACAACAGUUAUCUGUAGCGGCGGCAAUAUAAUGUCUGUUAACAAUUGUCAAUUAAAUCUGAAUUCGGCAACGAUUCAGCAGGACUUGAAUACAGCCGCCAUCUAUAAUCUAACAGGAAAUCGUGCUGCUGCUGCUGCUUGCGGUAGCAAUAGUGGAAUUAUCGAAACAAAUUGUCGUCUAUUAUCGGACAUCUCCAAGUCCAGUCAAGUCGGUCCAAAUAAUAGUCAACAACAGCAACUGACAACUGUUGCUGGUGUCGGCAGCAAUAGCAAUAAUAGUGGCGGUAACAACAACAUCAAUGGCAACAACCAAAGCAUCAUUACUCUGGCCAAUUCUCAUGGUCUAACACUAGGCUCAUCGAAUAAUCCCUCUGUCUAUAUGCAAGACAAAACUCUGUUGGGGGCUGUUGGGGUUAGUGUCGGCGUCGGUAUCAACGUCAGUUGUAUCGAUACUAGAAAAUACGAUUACAAGAACAAUAAUCUGUUAUCGAACAGCAAUUUUCCACAAACAGUCCAAGAGUAUGUUUCGACUGGCAACAACAAUUCUGGAAACAGUCGAUCAAAUCAACAAAGUGGAAUUUAUCGAGGACCACAGGCAGCGUCAAAUCCGCCCCGUAACAACGGCACUGGCGGUGGAGCCCGUGCCCCCCAUGUUCAUAUGCCACCGAUUUACCCGAAUAUGGUAUUGCAGAAUUACCCACAAUAUGGCCAGCGACAACCAGCGUAUCCGGCGCCACCUUUACAAUAUACGCACACGCCCAUACCCUAUUAUGCCUAUCCAUAUCUUUCCCCAUUGCCACAGCAACAGCCGCCACCGCAUUCACGCAGCGGCGUUGCGGUUAACACGAACUUAGGCAAUACAAUGCAAUCUGUGCAGCCCGGUGGACCCAAUGGACCGCUGUCUGGUCCUGGUGGUGCGACACCAUCUCAAAUACAGUUGCUAACAGGUGCUGUACAGCCAGGCACUAAUACGGUUAUUGGUGUUGGUGGAACAGCGAGUGGUCAAGUGGGUGUGGGUGUCAACGUCAAUGUUCCGCCAAUGGUUGGUGUUAUGUCAGCUAAUGUGACGCCACAACCUGUACCAGUACCGCAGCCGAGUAGGCGACGACACCAGCAUCGUUUACAGAUUAUCGAUCCGACAACAAAAAAGAACAUACUCGAUGAACUGGAUAAGACUAAUGGGAGUACGGAGAAUGAUCAUCAGGAGGCAGUAGCUGCUUCUGCUGCUGCUAUUGCAAUUGCACCUGCUGUUCCGUCUGCAACAUUAACGGCAGCAACUGUCGUUGCGCAUCCAGAUGCCUCAAUGUGCAUGACCCAGCCAGAUGCUGUCGGAAUCGGUUUACCCCCCAGCAGCGUGUUAAUUCAAGGCCCAGAUGCGAAGCCCAAUAUCCAGUACAAAUUAGAUCAAAUUCCCGCUCAACGCCAGGAUAUAAUUGUUGGACAGACUCCAGUGGUCUCAGCCAUGUCUGAUGCACCAUCUGUAGAAAUAUUGCCGACUUCCCAGAAAAAUAAAAGUAAAAAAAUUCCAAUAGUCUCUCCGAAAGAUGAACUCGAGUCUUCGUCGUCAUCUACCUUCUCUUCGUGUAAGUAGUCCGUGAAUGAUUUA